AAGACAUUCAAGUCUAGUAGAAGAAGAGGAGAAACCGAAGAAGAAGAAAACUACCCGGAAGAAAAACGUAGCCAAGUCUCUCACGUGAAGUGAUUAACAGGACUUUCUCGGAAAAUCAACACACAACAACGUAAACAUGGAGGAAGUUGCCCUGCACAAGACGAUUCCCAAUGACUUGGUGAAAGUUGUUGGUGUUGAGCCUCAGAUUCGCUACAAAGCUCAGGCCUUCACCGAAGCAUUCCUGAAGAACAGCAGUGGGCCACGUGAACGUCAAGAUCCAAAAAGCAUGUUGUGUCACAAGGCAGUGAUCUUGCAGUACGCCCGACCGAAGAAAAGCAAAGUUAAGAAUAAGAAAGCCAAAGGAUUAAAUGCUCGUCAAAAGAGGGCAAUGAAGAUCUUCCAUAUAAAGCCUGAACACCAGAGAUAUGAGCUUUUCCUGCCUCUGCAUGACCUCUGGCGACAGUAUAUUAUUGACCUUUGCGGUGGAUUAAAUCCAAAGAGUAAUCCACUGUCUGUGCAGCAGAAACUUUUGAAGGCAGACUUCCACGGUGCCAUCAUGACAGUGGCUCGCUCCAAAUGUCCAUCAUAUGUGGGGACCACGGGGAUUGUCAUCCAGGAGUUCAAAAACGUGUUCAAAUUCAUCACCAAACAGGAUCAAUUGAAAGUCAUACCCAAGAGGAACAGCAUAUUUGAAGUGGAGGUCAAUGGUUUCAUCUCUUCCAUCUAUGGAAACAGGUUUCACCAUCGAUCCAGCGAACGCUCAGCCAAGAAGUACAAACUCAGUGGAAGUAUUGACUUGUGAUGGCAGACAAUAAUGUGGCAUGCCUCAUGCCGCAUAUCCAAUUCCCUAGCAUUCCACCAGGGGUGUCAAAAGGGUUUUGGUUGUCCUCCAAGCGCCACUAGUCGCUGUGAAACAAUAUCAGUGUAUUCACUAUUAUUGGCAAUAGGAUAGCUAUUUUUUAAGUCAUAGAUUAGCGCAUCAAAAACAGGGAGGGAGGAAUCGGGAGGUCCUCAACGAUGGCGUUGCAGAUGUUGCACGGCGCCGACCCUUCAUUUUUUUGCAGAAUUUGAUGAUGACAUUCUCCUUCUGAAUAACUCUCUUAUAUAAUCAUUGGAUUACAUUCAUCUCCAGAACUGCCCUUGUUUCUCUUCGAUGUUUACUCAUGCCACAAUGUACAGCUCCUCACCACUAACUAGUUUAUUCUAUUUGCUGGAUUUAUUUGGAAGGCACAGCACACCAUUAUGGUGCAUUCAAGGACAUUAUCAGUGAAACAUGAACAUGUAAAAAAAAAAAAAAUGUAUAUAUUUUUUGGGCAAAAAGUCUGUUAUCUUGCAGGGUUGUGAAAUCUGAAUGAAUUGUAAUAAAACUAAUGGAGAUAUGAUCGAAGUGCUGGACUCUGGAUGUAAAAAUUGAAACCUAAUACCUUCAUAAUACUAUACACCUUUCUCCGUUUGAGAAAAUAUUAGAAAAAAAUGCUAUUUUCGAGGAAAAACAUUUUUUGGGGGGCAAAAAGUCUGUUAACUUGCAGGUUGUAAAAUCUGAAUGAAUUGCAAUAAAACUAAUGGAGAUAUG